GUGUCGGGUUUGUGGGCACGCGUCUAGGCAAGAGCUGGGUCAUUUUGGAGGAGCGAUGGCCGAAGGAAUACAAAGGCCGUGUCAGACAGCCAUACAAACUCAUCGCCGAAAGAUCAAUGGGUCCUUUUGGAGGGAGAGUGACGCAGAUAUUGGUGCUGGUGAAGCUGUUCGGGUCUUCCACUGUGCACAUGAUCCUGAUAUCGGAGAUGGUGGCGGCCGUGGUGCAGGAACAAGCUGAAUUCUGCCUCACCAAAUGUCACGUGAUACUCAUUGUUGGGGCUAUCCUGAUCCCCUCACCUGGCUGGGCUCGCCUAAGGACUUAUGGCAGGCGUCUAUACUGGCAGUGGUCGCAACAGUGGUGGCUAUUGUCGUGAUAGUGGUGCAAAUAUUCCUCAGCGAAGAGAAUUUUGACACACCAACGUACCCUAACCCCACAGUCCCUUCCUUCUCUCGGGGUUUUGGCUCCAUCCUCUUCGCUUUUGGAGGCAUGGCAACUUUCCCGACCAUCCAGAAUGACAUGGCUAACAGAUCCCGAUUUUGGCAGAGUGUUGUUAUUGGUUUUAGUGGCAUCAUCACCCUGUACAUGCCUGUGGCCCUGGCUGGCUACAUCAAGAUUGGAGACGCAGUGAGCAGCAACAUCAUCCUCAGCGUGGAUAUGUCUAAUGCAGUUUUGGUCGCUAUCGCCAUGCAGAUCAUAAACUUGCUCUGCACCUUCCUUCUCAGUUCAAACCCCGUGUAUCAGUCUUUGGAGGAAGUGUUUAAUGUGAGGAAAGGCUUCAGUCCCCAACGCUGCAUAGUAAGAGCGAGUGUCGUGUCCAUGCAAAUGAUCAUUGGUUUGGCUGUUCCUAACUUCGGCAAGCUUCUCAACCUGAUUGGCGGGUCCCUCAUAACACUGUGUACCUUCGUGCUCCCUCCAGUGAUGUACAUGAAGUUAGUGAAGGACAGGAGUGACAAGACAUGGCAGGAAAGGAGCAUACCGCUUUGGGAGAAGGUGUUCCUGGUGGAGGCAAUCAUCGUGGGCGUGGUGGGCGGGGUGCUGUCAACUAUCACGGCCUUGUAUGAUGUGAUUGAGGUGUCCUUUACGUCAAACUGUUUCAAUAGUUUUAGUGAGUGUUCAAGUUUGUCCAAGUGAUGAUCCUGACACUUUUCAUAAUUUGUAAUACCGUUCCUAACUAGUGUUUUUAUUCUUAACAUUCCUAACAUAUGCUACCACCUCCUUACUUUAGUCAAUGAUACUUCCUAACACAUCUUCAUAACCUGUAAUACCGUUCCUAACUCGUGAUUUUACUCUUAACAUUCCUAACACAUGCUACCACCUCCUUACAUUAGCCUAACACUUUUUAACACAUCCUAACUUUACCUUAUGUGAGGAACUAUAUCAUUUAUAACUUGCAAUACCGUUCCUAACUCGUGAUUUUACUCUUAACAUCCCUAACACAAGCUAACACUUCCUUACUUUGACCUAACACUUCCUAACACACCUAACACAUCCUGACUUUAUCUUAUGUGAGAAACGAGACCCUUCAUAACUUCUAAUACCAUUCCUAACACAUAAAACUACACGUUAACAACAUUUCUAAACCAUCCUAACCCCUAUAACAACCUACAUAACACACAGGCACCUAUAACACACUCCUAACACCGUUGUACACCUUCAUAACACCCCCCUAACACCCGAUACACUACUUCCAACUCCAAUAACACAAUUAACACCAGCAGAACACCACUAUUAGUCAUAACAUCCUCUACAACAUCAAUAACACACUUCCUAACACUCAUAACACUUUUGCAACACCGUCAAAACCUUCUAAAAUGCAUGAAACACCAUUAACACCCUUCCUAACACUCGUAACACCGUCAAAACCUUCUA